AUGGAGAUCGCCGCAAUUACGGCGAAAGAACAGCGGCUAAUCGCCACAAUAAGAGAUACUAUUAACUGCGAAGAGCGUGAAAUGGCUUUCUACAAACAUUAUGACUCUUGUCUCAAAUAUUACAGACAUCUCCUCGAGACCGAACGGCAAAUGGACAGGGCGAGACUCGGCUUUCAGCAAAUGCUUGACGACGGUCAAAUCGAGCGCGCACCAGAAAUCGAUGUCCAGCCAGAACUCCAAAUGAAUAAAAUAUCCCCGAUGUCAGAGCUUGAUUCUAAUGAGGAUCAACUUGGGGAAAUUGUCGGCAAAAUAGUGGAGGAUAAAGAAGAGACAGUGGAUCUUAUAGAGAAAUGGAUGAAGAAAGCGAUCAAUGCGAAGCUGAUUCCAGAAGAAUUUAUCUCGGAAGAUGGAUUUGUCGUUGAGAUUAGCCGGAUGAUGAAUAUCCUUCAUUCUCCAAUAUUCCGCGGAGUAUUAUCGAAAACCCGCGGCUGGCUUUCAUUAUCCUCGAAUAAAGAAUAUCCAACCGAGAGGGUUAUUUAUGGAUGGGCCGGUGUCUGGAAAGAACUAAGGUUUGCUGGUAAUAAGUCGAUAGAGGAUGGGAUCAACUUCUCAUCAUUUGUCAUUCAAAGUAUACAGAAACUUUUGAAUGGAGGGACAUCAGGGGAUUCGGGAGAUAACAUCCACCGCGGCCCCUGGCAUUUUCCAUUUAUCGGUGAGAAACAGAGGGCUUUUGAGGAGAAAUAUAAUCCAUUGGAUGGAGAUGGCUCUGGAUCUUCCCUAGCGACAAGAUAUGAUUCAGAGCGAACUUUCGCCAUUGCCAUGGCUUCUUCCUCCAUUUGUCUAAAAUACGAGCAAAUGCAGUUGGGAAUCAUUCCAAAAGAGAAGAAAUGCAAAGCGCUUUUGGAAGUGUAUACCUUGAGACCAGGGAACAACGACAUGUGGCCAUCAAACGUAUUCGAUCACCCCCACAUCCGACUCAUCUUCGACGAGAGUGACGACGGACAAAUUGCAAAUAUUGUCACUGAAUAUUGCCAACGCGGAGACCUGAAAACAUUCAUAAGCGAUUUUACUUAUGCUAGUGAUCUGUAUUCUGCCGGGCUUGUACUUUGGGAAUGUAUCGAAAGACGGACAGUAUUUCAUGACAUCAACAAUGCCGCUGUCCUCAUCUCUCGAAUUUGUCACGGUCCACCACUAGAAAGAGCAAAUUGUCGAGAUUCUGUCGCAGAUCUCUUAGAAAAAUGUGUUCGACAGCUGCCAGAAGGAAGGCCAACUGCCGCAAAAGCAUUAGAAGAAGCCAAUGGUCUAAAAAAGGAGCCAUUUUAUGAAGUGUUUUGCACAAAAUUGUACGACUUGGAGAUAGACUCGGAAAAUACUUCACCAUGGCCUGUAGUUGGUCGAGCGGAUGGCGAACAAAUGAUAAUCCGAGAGAGACAACUGGUUUGCGACGCCGAAAUAAGCACCCUCUCAGCAGGAAUCGAGCAUCAUACAGGAAUUCCCAUUCAACAUGGUUCGGCGUCGAGUGACGGCAGUCUCGGAGUGAUUGGACAAGUUAAGAAGUUUGUGACGCGAUUCGUGCCAAGGGAUUCCAUCGAGUUAGCAAGACGUUCUGGAAGGUCAACCCUGAAGACGGUUGUUGUGACUGCAGCCACGGAAACGAAGACUGUGGUGACAAACGACAGAAAUGAAGACUUUGCGCUGGAAGAGUCUGAUAAACUGCUGGAAAUAGUCGACAAAAUGAUGGACGGAAAAGAUGUGGAAGACCAGAAGGAAAAAUGGGUGAAGAAAGCAAUCGAGAGGAAGAUGAUUCCAGCUGAAUUUACAUCGGAAGAAGGAUUUUGGCUUGAAAUCGAUAUUAUGGGUGGAGGAUGUAGGACUUCUCAUCAAUUUACGAAGGGGCCGACGGAUCUUCAGAAAGUGUAUUGUUCUUUCAUUCAAGGAAUAGCGGGAAGUAGGAAAAAUUCUGACUUUCUGAUGCCCUGGUUCCAGCCAUCCAACCCUUCAGAUAUCAGCCAGAUGAUGACUAUCUUUCAUUCUCCACCAUUCCGUGGGAUUGUGUCGAGAAGCCGAUGUAUGCUUUCACUUGUCAGCAGAAAUGAGUAUCCAUCCGAGGUGGCUUUUUAUGAAUGGGCUGGUGUAUGGAGCUCUCUAGGAUUUACUGGUGAUCGGUCGAAGGACGGAAUCAACUUCUCAUCAUAUGCUAUUCGAAGUUUACAGAAACUUUUGAAUGGAGGGACAUCAGGGGGUUCGGGAGAUAUCAUUCACCGUGGCCCCUGGUAUUUCCCAUUCAUCGGUGAGAAACAGAUGGCUUUUGAGGCAAAGUGGAAUCUGCGAAUUGUUUUGAUUACACCGGAAGAUAGGAGUGAAUCGAAAUAUCUGUGGAUCUUCCAGCGCAACAAGCCUGACGUAGUUCUCAGCAUUUCCUAUACGUCACGUCGAUCUUUCAAGAUUUCCACUGCGACUUCCCACUAUUUCGAGAAAUACGAGCAAAUGCAGUUGGGAAUUAUUCCAAACGAUAAGACAAUGAAAAUAGCAUCGGUGAAGAUGAAUGAAUGGACAUAUCAACGGAUUGUGGAACCGGAAACAAAGGGGGAAACGCCGACUAUAUGGACGGCAAACUAUCGACCCACAUUCGAAGAUCUCAAUUGUUUCGAUUGUCUCAAGGGCCCUCUUCCAGAUAUGUCUUAUUGCUAUGAAUUUAGUGAAAUUUGC